AUGGCGGCAGAGGGUGGUUACGUAAAGGGUGUGACGCACGUGUUUGCUGCCUCCACCGGUCGGUCUUUGUACGCCCGCCCGCCCGGUGCCCCGCUGACCUCGCAGUUCGGCAAGACGAUCCAGUCCCAACAAGUCCCCGGCUGGGGCGACUACUAUCUCAACUACAAGGCCCUCAAAAAGAUAAUCAACUCGUACGCCGCAGGCCGUCCCGCCUCUGACGCUUCCCUCCUCUCCCUCGGCCAGCGCCCGCCCCCGCUCACCCUACCCCUCUCGUCCCAUGCUCCCCCAAGAGAGCACGCGGUGGUGCAAGACCUGGAGCCAUUGCCGCCCCAAACGGCGCCGCCAGAGAAUAUCGGCAGUGGGCUGAUGAGUCGGGAUCCGGCUGCUGGGAGCGAUAAAGGAGAGAGCUUCAAGGCGCAUCGGGAUGUCUUCUUCUUUACGUUACAACGAGAACUCGAAAAGAUAAACCAAUUCUACCUGGUCAAAGAACGCGACCUGCGCCUCCGCCUCCUCACCCUCCUCUCCAACCGCAAACGCCUCCUCUCCCAUUCUACAUCCGACGACUCUCUCUCCGGCUCCCGCCGCGAUGCCGAGUGGAACUCGCUCGAAGAAGGCUGGCGUCUCUUUGAACGCGACCUCGGCAAGCUCCAAGGUUUCAUCGAAGUCAACGCCACGGGUUUCCGCAAGAUUCUCAAAAAGUGGGACAAGCGGAGUAAGAGCAGUACCAAAGAGCUCUACAUUGAGCGGCAGGUCGAGGUGCAGCCGUGUUUCAAUCGCGAAUUCAUCGCCAAGCUGUCUGAUAUCGUCGCUGCGAAUUUGCUGGAUAUCCAAGAUGGCUCCGAGCACUUGAACGCUUCUUUCCUGCAAGGCGACUUGCCUGAAGGGGUCACCAUUGACAUGCCUCCUUCCACCGGCCGAUCAGACUAUGACGCCGACGCUUCCCGCGCCCUCGCGCAGGACGCCCUCACAGACCUCGAAGACAACCUCGUCAAAGCCCUCGGCUCCGGGCACGACGCCCUCGUCUCAUGGCUCCGCGCAGCCCGGUCUCGUCAACACAAAUCCCCCGGCCCAGGGCUCAUGCGCAUCCUCUGGCGCUGCGCCCUCCACGCCCCGGAACAAGACCUCGACCUCAUCCAAAACACCAUCCACCUCGACUACGCCUACGUCGAUACGAUCAACAAACGUUCCCCUCUGCACCAAGCGUCCAUAUCCGGCUCGUCCGGCGUCGUCAAGCUUUGCCUCUUGCACAACCCUGCUUUACUCGAGAAACCGGAUGCUUAUGGCAGACGGCCGUUGCAUUGCGCAGCUAUGAACGGCCACGCCCCCCUCCUCUCUUUACUCCUCGCCCACAAAGCCGAUCCCUCCGCGACGGAUAUGGACGGAUACACCCCCCUCAUGCACGCUAUCCAGCACGGCCACCUCCCCUCCGUCCUCCUCUUCGUCCAAUCCAAAAUCCCGCUCGAACCCACCCCCAAAAUCAGCACCGACCUCAUCCCCCUCUCCCUCGCGUGCGAAUUCGGCCAAGUCGACGUCGCCCGUGUCUUGCUGCGCGAAGGCGCGGGGGUGGUGCCCAACAGCGAGGGGCUCUAUCCCCAGCAUUUCGCGGCGAAAGCGGGGCACGAGGCCAUCUGCCGCCUGCUCGUCGACGAGGGUGGGCCCUCGGGCGGGGGCAAGGAUAGGCAGGACAAGUAUAAUUUGUGGACGCCGCUGCACCAUGCUGCGAUUGGGGGUACGGCGGCGCAUCUGGCGUGUGCGAAAGUGUUGGUGGGCGCGGGGUGUGAUGUGAAUGCGAAGGAUGAGUAUGGAAAGUCCCCUGGGUGGUAUGCGGCGUGGUUUGGGCAUGUGGAGUGUUUGAACUUUUUGUUGGAGCAGGGUGCGAGGUUGGAAGGCCGGGGUAGUAGUCGGGAAGCUGGCCAACAUGGGGGAGGAGGGGAAGGGGAAGGGGCGGGGAUGGGGAUGGAGAAUCUGGGACUGGCGGCGGAUCCGCAGAUGGACAGUUUGAGUCCGGGGUCGGAUAUUGAACUGGACCCGCCGGCGAUGGAAGAGAUCGAGUUGAUACCGAGUUUGAGCUUGCCCCCGCCCAUCAUCCCAUUGAGAGUGUAUGGACACGAAUUCUUGGCGAAACGGUGUUUGAUACAGAUAUCGCUCGGCCACCGCAUCUCGUCGUCAAAUCCCAAACGGCCCCCUAUCAAACUCUACUCUCGGUCCGGCACUGAUGCGCCGCUGCAUCUAUGGUCAAGUCUAAAGCUGGUGAUGACGAGUAAACAAGAUACAGCCGCCGUACCCCACUCUGUCAUCCUCCCCAUCGCAGACGAACGCGAAGUCUUCUCCUUCCACGCCCAAGACCUCUCGAGAUUCACAUUAGAGCUCUCCCUCUACCCCACCUUUGGCUCCAAAGUCAUUGCCCGCGCCAUCAUCCUCCCCUCCACCUUCUCCCACAUACCGUACCACACCCCGCUCUCUGCUCCCCUCCUCGACCAUAAUCUAAAGACGAUAGGCGAGGUGGCGCUGGAAGCGUCGUGUAUCAAGCCGUUUGAGGGGGCGCAGUUGGAGAUUGGGGGGAGGGUGGAGACGUAUUGGAAGAGUAAAGUCACGCCCAGCAACCCGGGGCAAGACCAUGCGCACUUGCCCGCCCAGAGCGGCGCCCUCGGCGCGGGCGUAUUCAGCGGGGCGCCGGCGGUCAGGCCGCCUGCUGUUGGCGGGGCGGCGCAAACAGGAGGGGCAGGGGGGGCAGGGGGGGCAGGGGGGGCAGGGGGGGCAGGGGCAGGGGGGGAGAGCGCGUUGGUGACGGCGUCGAGUUUGUCGGGGGAGUAUGUGCAUGUGGUGGUGCAGGUUACGAAAGAUGGGGUGCCGGUUGUUUAUCCUCAUCUUCGACUACCCGUGGAGGAAUUCGAUUUGGGUGUGUCGGAUGUGACGUUUGAGCAAUACACGAAACUCGCUUCAAGACUCGGCCUCACCUUGUCUCCCCCCCCGACGACGACGACAACCCUGAGGCAUGGGGAGUGGUACACCCUCCUAGCUACGACCCUCUCCUCCCUCUCCGACGUCCUCGCCAUCCUGCCCAACAACAUUGGCGUCAAUUUUCGCCUCCAAUACGCCCGGGGCGUCGAUGCGAAACACAAGAAGGUGGGAGGGAAGAGUAGGGAGGUUAAUGAGUGGGUGGAUAGGGUUUUGGAGAAGGUUUAUGAGGCGGGGAAGAAUGUGGAUGGGUCGGCUGGGGCGGGGGGUUCGGGGAGUAGGAAGAUUAUCUUUUCGAGCUUUGAUCCGACUGUUUGUACGGCUUUGAAUUGGAAACAGCCCAACUAUGCCGUCUUCUUUGCGUCUUACUGUGGUAUCUCUCGCGCCCACUCCAUGUCUGCAACUUUCUCCAAACACCUCAUCCCAGCACCAAAAGAAGAAGAAUCAGACGUCCGUUGUCUAAGCGUCAGGGAAGCUGUCAAUUUCGCGAAAAGCCGGAAUUUGCUGGGUGUCAUCCUCGAGAGUUCUACCUUGGCAGCGGUACCGUCGUUGGUGGCAUCCGUCAAAGACGCUGGUCUGCUUCUUGCGACGUUUGGGGACCAGACGGAUAUCGGGGUGUUGAGGCAGGGGGCGUCGGAUGGGAGGACGGUGGAUGCUUUCGUCAUUGACGGGGUUAUGACGCUUACUAUUUGA